CUGUGAACAUCUCUACUAUUCCCACACUCUUCACAUUCCUCAAAUGUAGCGUGCAGCAGCCACUCAACCCAGGUCUCAAAUGCACACACACACACAUCUUGACAAUCACAGGCCAAGCUUAGAUUUUUGCCAUGGCCAAAUUUGCAUUCCAUGGGGGUCUCAGAGUGUCCGUCAAUGGAGAUUUGUCUUCUUUUAGUUCUGAAUCAAGGGAUCCAUUGAUACUCAGAGGCUUUCGAUGGAAGAGGUGUCAGGAGAAGCAUGGUGGAACUCACAUGACUGGCAAAGGGGUUAGGUUUAGGUUCUCUGGAGAUGUGAGGGUUUACUCAGCUGGGAAGAGGUCUAGGGGCUUGAAAGCUGAGGAUCUUUUGGAUGAUGAUGAUGAUGAUGAUGAUGAUGAUGAUGAUGAUGAUGAAGAGGAGGAGGUGGAGUUGUAUGAAAGGGAUGAGCUAUCCUGUUUUAGAGGAUUGGUGUUGGAUAUCUCUUAUAGGCCUGUAAAUGUUGUGGGUUGGAGACGUGCAAUCUGUCUGGAAUUCAUGGAGAAGGCUGAGGUUCUGGAGUAUUAUGAUCAGACAGUCUCUUCUCCUCGAGGACCCUUUUUUGUCCCUGCAGUGUUGAGGGUUCCACAUCUUUUGCAAGUUGUUAAGAGGAGGAGAGUAAAGAACAACCUCAGUCGGAAGCGUGUGUUUUUCAGAGAUAACUAUACUUGUCAGUACUGCUCUUCACGGGAUAACUUAACAAUUGAUCAUGUUUUGCCUGUUUCACGUGGUGGUGAAUGGAAAUGGGAAAAUUUGGUCACAGCUUGUUCGAAAUGCAACACAAGGAAAGGUCAGAAAACUCUUGAAGAAGUAAAAAUGAUGCUGAUAAAAACACCAAAGGCUCCAAAAGACUAUGACAUACUCGCCAUCCCUUUGACGACAUCGGCAAUGAACAUGCUAAGGACCCGAAAGGGGGUGCCCGAAGAAUGGCUGCAGUAUUUAUCAAAACCGAGCCCUUAGUCAGGACGGAUAUUUCGCGCAUGAAGUAUAUUGUGUCUAUAGCUCAUUCCUUGAUCACUGAGAAUUGUUGUUCACUUGUGCAUCAAUGUAGUUCAGUGAAUUCAAUGGUUUCUGGAUUCAAUCUGUAUCUUUGUAGAACCAUGGCAAUUAGUGAAUCCAAUGUACAUUGUUCCUAUUGAUGUAGAAAAUUAUUUGAAUUAUAA